AUGUCGUUGCAAAGGUCUUUGCGGCUCUUGAGUCGUCCAGCAUCAUCACAGGUCACGGCCCGAGCACUUUCACAGCAACGACGAUGGCUAGCAACACCAGCCGAAGCAUUGCCAUUGGCUGGCAUAAGAGUUCUUGAUAUGACCAGAGUACUAGCUGGUCCAUACUGUACACAAAUCCUCGGUGACCUAGGCGCAGAAGUCAUCAAAAUCGAACAUCCAACCCGAGGCGACGACACCCGAGCCUGGGGACCACCUUAUGCCUCCUACACAGAAGAAAGCGGCCAGAAAGGUCAAGGCGAAAGCGCAUACUUCCUGGCCGUCAACCGCAACAAGAAAUCCAUAGGCCUCUCCUUCCAGUCCCCAGCAGGUGUUGAAAUUCUUCACAAGUUGGCCAAAGACUGCGAUAUUUUGGUCGAGAACUACCUCCCCGGCGCAUUGAAGAAGUACAACAUGGACUACGAAAGCGUCUCGAAAGUCAACCCAGGCAUUAUCUACGCCAGCGUAACAGGCUACGGCCAGACUGGACCGCACAGUAAGAGGGCAGGCUACGAUGUCAUGGUUGAAGCGGAAAUGGGCCUAAUGCACAUAACCGGCCACCGCGACGGCCCCCCAGCAAAGGUCGGCGUAGCAGUAACAGACCUAACAACAGGCCUAUACACCUCCAAGUCCGUCAUGGCCGCCCUCAUCGCCCGCGGCAAGAACGGCGGCAAGGGCCAACACAUCGACGUCGCGCUCGCAGACUGCCAGAUUGCCACGCUCGCCAACAUCGCAUCUUCCUGUCUCAUCAGUGGCAAGCCAGACAGUGGCCGUUGGGGCACUGCGCAUCCUUCCAUCGUGCCUUAUAAGGGAUUCCAGACGAAGGAUGGGGAUAUUUUGCUGGGGGGUGGGAAUGAUAGGCUUUUUGGUGUGCUGUGUGACAAGUUGGGGAAGCCCGAGUGGGCGAGUGAUGAGAGGUAUAGGACGAAUGCAGAUCGAGUUAGUCGGCGGGAUGAGUUGGAGGAUAUGAUCGAGGCUAUCACUGCCACCAAAACCACUCAGGAAUGGCUCGACGUCUUCGAAGGCAGCGGUAUGCCAUAUGCGCCUAUCAACGAUGUCAAAGCGACAUUGGAGCACGAACACACCCAGCACCGCAACAUGGUAACAGAAGUGCACCACCCCUCCUGCGGCCCCAUGAAACUCGUCAGCCCUCCCGUGAAAUUCUCAGAAUCGAAACCCAGUAUCCGCACACCGCCGCCGACGCUGGGCCAACACACCGAUGAAGUAUUAUCGGGACUGCUGGGGAUGGAGUCGGGGGAGAUUGAAGCGUUGAAGAAGGAUGGGGUGGUCUCGUAG